AUGGCCUCCCGGCGAGCAUUGAAUGCUCUGCCCCUGCGCACCGCGCUGCGCACCAAGCCCCACCCCCAGGUCGCGACCUACGCCGGCCGCCCGCGUCACCAGCCGUCCAGCUCGUCGUCGACCCAGGCCCUGGCCUACAAGGCGCUGCAUCGCCGCAUCCAACCGCUGCCCACCAGCGACGCGCCUCCGUCGUGGUCCGCCCCGGCCGCCGUCAGCAGCAUCCUGUACGAGACGCCGCUGCCGUCGCAGGCCCCGCCCAAGCGCCAUGUGCUCAACUGCCUGGUCCAGAACGAGCCGGGCGUGCUGUCGCGCGUGUCGGGCAUCCUGGCCGCGCGCGGCUUCAACAUCGACAGCCUGGUCGUCUGCAACACCGAGGUCCCCGACCUGUCGCGCAUGACCAUUGUGCUGCAGGGCCAGGACGGCGUCGUCGAGCAGGCCCGCCGCCAGCUCGAGGACCUCGUGCCCGUCUGGGCCGUGCUCGACUACACCCAGGCCCCGCUCGUGCAGCGCGAGCUGCUGCUGGCCAAGGUCUCGAUCCUCGGCCCGGAGUACUUCGAGGAGCUCAUGCAGCACCAUCGCGAGAUGGUCGACUCGCCCGGCUACAUCCAGGACGGCUCCUCCGCCUCCUCCUCCUCCGCCGAGGACCUGCCCUCGCAGGCCGAUCGCGAGCAGGCCGCCCAGCGCGCCGCUGCCGACUCGCUCAAGCGCGACUUCCACCCGAGCAAGCUCGCCGCCAGCCAGGCUCUGAGGCACAAGCACGAGCACUUGGAGGCCAUCACCCAUCUGACGCACCAGUUUGGCGGCAAGGUGCUCGACAUUAGCACCAACAACUGCAUCGUCGAGGUCUCGGCCAAGCCCGUCAGGAUUGACUCAUUCAUGAAGCUCGUGGCGCCUUUCGGUAUCCUGGAGUCUGCGAGAACCGGUCUCAUGGCGCUGCCCCGCUCGCCCCUUGUCGGACCCGAAGACGUGCAAGAGAAGGAGAUUGAGGACGUUGUUGACCAGAGCAUGCUUCCUCCCGGAUAA